UCCAGUACGACGGACCGGAUGUCGACGGACAGCACACAACCCCAUACACCAAGUCACGAGGUAGCGGUCCGUCCGCCGCCCUGUGCCGCCAAUCAAUGGAAACGGGCUGCUCUGAUGGCCCGGAUGGCACCGGCAUUCCGGGAAACCGUAUCCGAUGACAGCGAGGACGAGGUGGACACCAAAAAGCAGAUCAAAUACGGCAGCGGCUUUCAAGCGGCCAAGGCCAUCAUCCACGAGUACUGCGACUAUACGACCAUCCAUGGUAUCCGGUAUUUGGGCGAAAAGAAACGACCCAUAUUGGAGCGUCUGUUCUGGAUCAGUGUCCUGGUGCUAUCGGUUUUCACCUGCGUCAAGCUGACCCUAAAUAUCUGGGACAAAUGGAAUAACAAUCCGGUUAUCGUCAGUUUCGCCGAGAAGUCAACUCCCGUUUGGGAAAUCCCCUUUCCCGCUGUCACAGUUUGUCCGGAGACAAAGACCCGCCGUGCGAUAUUCAAUUUUACGGAUUCCUAUCAUCAAGUCCGCGAUUUCCAGAAUAAUGUCAGUGGCAUUUUGGAUCUCACCGAUAGGCAAAAGGGAUUAUAUGGCGCCGUGUCGCAGGUUUGCGAGCCCCAUCUGCAUGAUGUAAUCUUGGGUAAUAAAACCAGGAGAGGAAUGGAAAUAAUUGACGACUUGACGGAAGUAUCGCCCCAUUUCGAUGACACCUAUCUUAAUUGCAAGUGGAGAAAUACUCCCGUGAAAUGCAGCGAGAUAUUCCACAAGUUUGUGACAGAGGAUGGUGUCUGCUAUAGUUUCAACUCACUUAGUCCAGCGGAGAUCUUCAGGGCUGAAGGCAUUAUUCCCGACUUUAUAUUCCGCGAGGAGAAUCGCCUGUCCAUGGACUGGAAUGUUGAGGAUGGCUAUAGCGCCAGUGCGGAUACUUCACCAUAUCCAAAUCGAGUUUUGGGCCCCGGAGCAAGAGCUGGUCUAUAUCUUUUCAUGGGUGGAGCGGAGAUUGACUUCGAUGAUAUGUGCCGUGGGCCAGUUCAGGGUUUCAAGAUUCUAUUACACACUCCUGGAGAUGUGGCCCAGGUGUCCAAGCAGUACUUCCGCAUACCCUUCGACCAGGAAGUGCUCAUCUCCAUACGUCCCAAGAUCAUUACCACUUCCGAUGGCCUCAAGCAUUACGAACCCAACCGCCGGCAGUGUUAUUUCCAAAAGGAAAGGGAAUUGCGUUACUUUAACAUCUACUCGCAGAGUAAUUGCGAACUGGAGUGCCUGGCCAACUUCACUUUGACCAAAUGUGGUUGUGUGAAGUUCUCUAUGCCACGUAAUGUAAAUAUGCCUGUCUGUGGCGAUGCCAGUUUGAAGUGUUAUAACCAAGCGGAAGAUGAACUGCUACUCAGGGAAUUCACUCAGGGCUUGGUCAACGCAGGGGAAAAUACACGGGGAGAAACUGAGUGUAACUGCCUGCCAUCAUGUACUUCGAUUGCUUAUGAGGCUGAGAUCUCGCAGGCAGAUUUUGAUUAUAAAACAGUUGCCAAUCGGGAAACAACGGAGAGCAAAGAGGAGCAGAAAAAGAGACAGGAAAUGAAGAUGUCGCGUGUAUCAAUCUUCUUCAAGGAGGCCCAGUUUCUGACUUCUCGCCGUUCUGAGCUUUAUGGUACCACCGACUUUCUUGCCAAUUGCGGUGGCUUACUUGGCCUCUUCAUGGGCGUUUCCAUGUUGAGUAUCGUGGAACUGGUCUACUUCUGUACCGUGCGUCUCAUCUCAAAUCUAAGGAUGCGCCGCAAAACUCGCAAGGAAUUGCUGAAGGCGGUCAACAAGGAUGCCUAAUCGAAGGACCAACCGCAGAGCCUAUAAAUAAUACAGAGAGAACGGAGAAAACGGAGAGCCAAAGUUGAGCUGACUCUGCUGCUCUGUGUUUGUGUUGCGUUAAAUGUUAAAUCUGCAAACAAUGAAAAUAAAGUUGUACUCAGCACUAGA